UGCUUCUCGCGCCCGCCUCCUCUUGUCACCUCCCGUCUCAGCCUCCCUGCUCCAUCCCGGCCGGAUCCACAGCCCUCCGAGCUCCUCAGAGAACGAGAGGUGGUGCGUGGGGCUUCAGAGCGCGCCCUCAAGCGGACCCCGGCUCGGCCUUACGGGGCACGGGCAGCAGUAUGGACACCAAACGCUGCUUCGCCAACCGCUUCGAUGACUACCAGGGCAGCCUGCUGGCGGGCCAGUGCGAGGAAGCGGUGGCGCCUUUGGUCACCGCCACCAUCGAGCGAAUCCUCCAGGAGCUGCCCCCGCUCGGGGGCGGCGCUGAGCCCCGGGGGGCGGCGGCCGCGGCCAGCAGCUGCCAGGGAGGGCUGUACGGCGGAGUGGCCGGGGUGGCCUACAUGCUCUACCACGUCUCGCAGAGCCCACUCUUUGCGGCGGCCCGGGAGCGCUACCUGCGGUCAGCCAAGCGGCUCAUAGACGCGUGCGCCCGCGCGGAGGAAUGGGGAGAGCCGGACGCCGACACCCGCGCCGCCUUCCUGCUCGGGGGCGCGGGCGUGUACACCGUGGCCACGCUCGUGUACCACGCCCUGGGCCGGUCCGACUACGUGCAGCCGCUGGGCAAGUUCCGGGCUCUGUGCGCCGUCUGCGUGCCGGUCUCCUUCCUGGAGUGCGGCUCCGACGAGCUGUUCGUGGGCCGCGCUGGCUACCUGUGCGCCGCGUUGGUGCUCAAGCAGAAACUCGCCCAGGAGGUGCUGACCCCAGCACAGAUCAAAUCAAUUUGCCAGGCGAUUCUGGAUUCUGGGAAGCAGUAUGCCAUGAAAAAGAGGAAACCAUUUCCCCUGAUGUAUUCUUACUAUGGAACCGAAUAUUUGGGAGCAGCUCAUGGUCUGUCGUCCAUUCUCCAGAUGCUUCUUUCUUACCAUGAGCACCUCAAGCCCUCAGAUCAGGAACUGGUAUGGCAGAGCGUGGACUUCCUUAUGGAGCAGGAGCAGAACUGCAACUGGCCACCUGAGCUCGGCGAGGCCAUCGAGAGAGAGAACGAGCUGGUACACUGGUGCCAUGGCGCCCCAGGAAUUGCCUAUCUGUUUGCCAAAGCUUAUCUGGUUUCCAAGAAACCACAGUACCUGGACACAUGUAUCCGAUGUGGGGAACUCACAUGGCAGAAGGGCCUGCUAAAGAAGGGGCCGGGGAUUUGCCAUGGUGUAGCUGGCAGUGCCUAUGUCUUCCUGCUGCUAUACCGGCUCACAGGAAACUCUAAGUACAUCUACCGAGCCCAAAGGUUUGCUGAAUUUUUAUUUACCGAGGAAUUCAAGGCCGGUUCUCGGGUCCUUGAGAGUAUAUACAGCUUGUAUGAAGGCUUCUCCGGGACGGUGUGCUUUCUGAUCGAUCUGCUGCAGCCCAGUCAGGCUGAGUUCCCACUCUUCAGCGUCUUUGUUUAGAAGGCUCCAUCUCCUGCUGUGGCCCUGCAGAAGGUCCUGGAGAUUUCCCGAGCCUACUUGAGGCAGUUUCCACACAAGCCACAUUCAAUGGUAUCACAACCAUGAGCCUUAACAUUGCUGCCGGAAGGAAGGAAGGAAGGAAGGAAGGAAGGAAGGAAGGAAGGAAGGAAGGAAGGAAG